AUGGGUUGUGGAUCAUCAGUAGCCACUCAAGUGUCUACUAAUUCUACAGCGUCUCAAGGCAACGCCAAUAGCCAAUCGGAGGAAAUAUCCAGUUCUUCAUCACAAAAAGAUGUAACCGAGAGAAUAACAAGUGCAUCAUCAGGAACUAGCUCAGCAAUUGUAAAAUUAUCCACUGGAGGAAAAAAAUCUGCCAAUUCAUCAAUGAAUUCGCAGAAUGAUGUCAGCCAAAAUUUGGUUAUCAUUUGGGUGGAUCUCCAUAUGAAUAAUAAUGAAAAAAUCUAUCAAGACUUGAUCACUAAACUUCAACGCAUUACUACUGCAAUUUACACGUUUACUGAUUCUGAUCAAUGUAUUUAUUGUCUUGAUAAUAUCAACGAGAAGACAGUAGUUCUAUUUGUUUCGGAUAGAGUCGGUGAAUAA